UUUCGCACACUGCCAAGAAAUGAAACGAACAGAAAAAUUCAUGUGAAUAUAUUUACAAUACUAAUAGUGUGUUAUGGCCAGGUGAAGGCCCUUGUGGGAAGUCAGGUCAGAUCUGUUUUGGCGUUCCUACUCACCCACAAUGUACGUUCAACGCGUGCCGAUAGCAAAUGGAACAAGACGUUCGAGUACAGCUGGGCUUUGUUCAAGGUAGAAAUGGCGGCCUCCAGUCCAUCGAAUAAUUCAUGUGCAAGUCAGAAUGCGACGGGAGUUUGGAAUCGCUUGAAGCCCGAAGAAUUUCAACAGCUUCAGGAAUACACCAAGUGUAAGAUAGCCCUGCUCUGCUUUCUUAAUUGUUAUUGGAAGCUCUUGAAUCCUCCAUUAUGCUUGUAGUUUAUUGAUAAGCAAAUUUAGUCUUUAACGGCUGAAUGAUGCUGCCCGUGAACUGAACUUGAAGGUCAAAAUUUCGAGGGGUCUUCGUUUACUAAAAGGUUAACAUAAACGAACAUUCUUUUUACCUGAUUACUUUGAAAUGUAAGAUUAACGCGGGAGUUGAGUCAUAAGCUGGAAUAUACUGGCAAACGAUUUAUUUUUUUAUGAAAAAUUGCUACGACCGAAGCUUUGCUUGUGUUUACAUCAGGCACCCAUGCUGUUUGCGGGGAAAACUCACAAGAAAUUAUGAUUAUGCCUCUGUGUAAGUGUUAAUAUCACUAAAACGAGCCGAUUACAAACUGAAUAACACAUUUAUAUUGUCUGCGAGGAAAAGCGAAUCUAGGUUUUAAUACCUUACCUAUUGAUCGAAUCUUGUUGGAACAUGUUCACGCUAGUGAUAAUAAUAUGGCGGCUAGUGUUAUUGGUAUAUUUUUUACAUGUACAAACAAUGCCGCUCGUAAUUUUAAAUACAAGAGAAGAUUUGGGUGGGUGGAUUUUAUCUGUGCCUAGGUGCGUUUUGUGUUUUAGCUUUUCUCUUCACAACAAUAGACUUUAGCUUAGAAACCACGUACACUCGAGUGUAAAAUUCGGGCGCUAUUAAAUAUUCUAUUCAAAGUUAUUUUCUGUUUUCAAUCUUACAGAGACAUGUUCAAUCAAUGGAUUGUUGUUUCGUUCCUCUCUUAGCGUUAUAUUAACAUAUUAUAAUUUGUUCAAUUUUAAAUUCUUUUUACCGAACUUUAAAUUUUUUCUGGUUUAGGGGGCAUGUUCGUAAACGUUUACACUUAAUUGACGUUUCGCAAAUUAUUACAUUUUGCUUUCCCUUAUUAGAAGGUCUCUAAGCUAGCCCUUUCUUUAAAUGAACAGCUCAUAGCGACGUUUGUGUCGGCUUUUAAUCUUAAGAUUUUACUUAAUUUUUAAUGUCACAUUGGUGCAGUGUACAAAAAAUUUUUCCAACUUGUUGGUUUCAUCACUUUUUCUUGGCUAUGUAAUUUCUGUGGUUUUUGAGUGACAAGUUGAUGCUUUGUGAAUCAUAUUCAUUUUCACUCAUCACCAAAUGUCAGGUACUUGGAAACCUUACUUGUCUCACCACCCUUAAUCCAUUGUGCCUCUUCAAGAUUUAAGAGGACAUAAAAUUCAGCCUUUUAAUAUUUUGGUUCAAUUAGAAAUAUCACAAUCCUAUUUCCUACCAAUCAUAUUCUUGAUAUUUUCAUGUUACACCCACCAGCUCUUAUAUUAUCCCAAGAAAUGUCUAAGUGUUUUCAUAAAAUAUUUAUAGCUUUUGGCAUGCAAACACUGGGAGACAAACAAAAUAUCGUCAUAUUUUCCCCAAUAUCAAAGUUAAAGAUUUCCAGGCAUUAUAGGAAUUUUUCAAACAUUGAUUUUUUUGUUAAAUGAUCAUUAUUUUCUUUCAGCAUGUCCAGAGAUUUAUUUCAAAAGUGAUAUUAGAUUCUGUGUCACUGUUGUUAUAAACUGACUUCAGUAUUCAAGUCAACACCCUUGAAAUAAUCUGUUCUUGUUUAUUAAAAUGAUGUGCGUAUGCCUUGUUUUCAUGCCGAGUUCACAUACUUCAGCCUUCAGUUGAUUAGCAUUGGUUCACUGCAGUCAGCAAUUGUAUAGAGUAUAAAAUUGCAUAUUCCCUCGGUGUUUUUUCAUGACAUUUACUUUACUUGUGUGACUCAAAACAUGCAUUUUAUCUGAAUCUCCCAGUAUUUGCUUAAUUGAUGAAUUUUAAUGUUUAAAUUGUUAGUUUAAAACUUAGUGAAGCUGCUUUGGUUGGCUGUCUAAAUUGUCCCAUGCUGUUGUAAAGACAGAAGGAGCCAAUAGCAAGCAAAAAUACUCCAUUGGACCUUUCAGUUCCUCUUAACAACAAUUAAACUUUUUCUUUGCAAUUACCACAUGGCAGCAUUUCCAUAAAUUGAUUGUUUCUUCAAAUAUAGUGAAUUUUGCUGAAAGCCAUUUUAUUCCCCUGUCGAGAAUACAUGAAAAUUCAUUUGGCUUGUUAGUACGUGAUUUCUCCAUUUCUCCAGCAGUAUUUUCUGAAAGGGGAAACCAGAUCAAACUGUCAAAUGUCAGGUCACUCUGGAAAGUGAAAAAAAAAAAAAAUUUAGCAGCGUAAUGUAUUGCUAUUAGUUUUAAAAGGAUAGUAAUUAUGGCUGAAUAUUCAUAUUGCAGUUAAACUCUUGAUGAAGCAGUGAUAAAUGCAAGUUUAAAAUGUCAAGUGUUUUAAACCACUACUCAAAAGAGGAAAGAGAAAAAGCUAAAAUUCAAGCAGUAUUUUUGGUGAUAAAAACAUGUGAGACCUUGAUCUGUAUGGUAUUUACUUUGUGAUUUUAGAGUAAUUUUAAAGUGAAAUAAAUGUAAACUUAAAUUACAUCUGCAUGUGGUGGCCUGGUUUCUAUUUUGCAUUUUCUGGUUAACACUGAAAAUUUUUCUUUUUGAAUAUACUCAGAUGCGAAGACGAGCAGGUUGACUGAUGUCUUGCAACAAUUCCGAGAUGGAGUUUACCCUCAGUAUAAUCCAGAAAAAGUAAGUGUUUACCCGAUGGAAAAUUGCUUUGAUCUUAGGUUGAAUAAUUAACAUUUUAAUCUUCAUAAAUAGUUAUUUUUAUUUUAUUUGUAGAAAGAUUAUUUGAUACACUGCAAAUGAAUUCACAUAUUACAUGUAUUUAACUCCAGUUUUUUAAAAAAAAAUGUUUACCUCUGAUGAUGUAGAAUUUUAUGUUCCGAAAAUGACAAUAGGCUUUUACGUCUUGGGGUAAUGACAAAUUUAUUUUCCACAGAUUGCUACAUAUCUAUAUAUGUUAUAAUGUAUAAAUUUGUUAAGAGUAGAACAUAUAAUAUUGUGUAGUAGUGGCAAGGUACACAACGUAUUAUACAUGCUUUCUGAGAAAGCUUCAAAGUACAUUUAUAAUAAUUAUGUCUUAAAAGAGAGAGACUUUUUCCUGUGAAAAAGUGCCAAGUAAAAGCACAUUGAUUAAUAAAAGAUUUAAAGUUGAUUUGUGGGGAUAAAUGAAUUUAGGGAGUCAAUUAAGUGUCUCUUUAAUCCUUUCUGGCUAAUGAAAAUGUGGGUUCCUGAAGUGAAGAGCUCAAAAUAUUUUUCUCAAUGAUUUUUUCAAAUAUUUAUAGCUUUUCAAGUAUUUUUAGCUCAUGUAUUCAUAUGCAAUAUUAGUGGCUCAGUUUUACUGAUUUUAAGUUCAUCUGUUUAUAUGAAAAAUUAGUGCAUGAACUUUUGUAUUUUGAAAUGUUUUAUGUUGGCAUCAACCUAUUUUUUGGUUAAUCCAAUCUGUUACAUGUAGUUUUUCAAGGUCAAUUUUGAUAAAAUUAUAAUGCAAGUUACCAUAACACCUGUUUACCUUGAUCACUUAAAUACACACAUUAAUUUCUAGAACUAUACCUUCUCAAGAUAUUUUGAAUGUGUCAAGGCUUCACAAUACACAUCAUGUUUUAAAUUAUUAGGCUCAUGAACAACAUGUUUUUUGAUUUUUUUCCAUACCAUAUAUAUGUUGCUUUUGCUUAUUUUCUCUGAAUUUCAGGCCUUGAAAUUAAAAAAUCCCCUGUCGCCUUUUGGCGACCAACUGGAGAAAUAUAGUCACAAGUUUGUAUUUACUAAAUGACGUACAUGUAGCUCAUAGUAUCCAUCAGCUUUGAUUGUUUGAAAAUAUCACGGAAAGAAGUUGGUAUAAAUUUGGAGGUAAACUGGCUAACUUGUUUAUGCUAUUUGGUACAUUUUUUAUGAUGAAUGCAAAGCAAGAUUUAACUUUACUCUUUUAAUUUAAAUCUACAUCAUAGAGAAAUCUGGUUGCUAAGGUGGAGACUAAACCAGAAUUUUUAGGUGCCAAGGAGAGAAUGUUAGUCGCAUUGGCGAAUAUAUCUGUCCCAAUUUUGAGCCCUUCUGAUACUUAAUUUUGUGAAAAUAAGAGGCAAUUUUGGUAUGAGAUAAUUUUGUGAUUUGGCAGAGAGACUUUCUUGGAGCCCUUCAGUAGAGUUGAAAGGGACUAUUUAUGACAUGAAAUUUUCUGGGCUACAUGUACGUCUUGUAAUUCAAACUGAUGAGGCCUUGUUAAAAUUGCAGCAAGUGUCACUGCCUUGAAAGAGUGAUAUAAAAGAGUGAUAUAAGACAGAUAAAAUGAUGGUAAAUGACAUAAAGAUGGGCUAAAACUACAACAGCGGCAAAGACAUGCACAAGUGCAAUACCAACAGGGAUAUGGCUUCCUUCUCAAUGUGUGAAAAAAACAAGUUUUAACAGUCAGACUAGGGAUACAUAUCCCCCUUCCCUCACCUAACAGGCCAAGAGCUCUUAUGAUACAACAACAUAUCCAUGUACAUGCACGUCUAAGGUAAAUUACAUUCUCACCUUUAAAAAAAUCUUCUUGAAAAUUUUAACAAUAAGUACAAUACCAACCUGGUUAUGCCUUCCUUCUCAGUGCGUUAAGAAACAGGUUGUGAAAUUCACACGAGGGACAUACAUGCACAUUCCCUCUGGCCUCACCAAACGGGGCCUAGAGCUGUGAUGUGUAGACAUGUAUGUAGCAGUGAUUUGUUGUAGGUAAAAAGAAUUCUUAAAAAAUCUUAAAACUUUGACAGCGGCAAAGACAAGAAUAUGUGCAAUACCAACAAGGUCAUUCCUUCCUUCUCAAUAUGUUACAUUUGUAAAAAUGUUUUGGAAUUCAGACUAGGGACAAACGUAUGCCUCUCCCCUCACCUAACAAGGCCUGGACCUCUGAUUUGUAGAUAUGUAGUUGUAGGUACACUUCAUUUUCAUCUUGUGGAAAACUAUUCUUAAAAAUUGUAAAACUACGACAGCAACGACAACAAUAAGUACAACACUGAGAGGGUCAUGCCUUCCUUCUCAAAUUGUGGAACAACAGGUUUUGAAAUUCAGAGUAGCAGCGUGCAAAGAAAGUCAUGUCCGAUAGCUCAGGGUUAUUGGAUUUUGCUAUCAGGCUAGUGAUUUUUGUUCCUAACUUGCUCGACAGUGCUGUUUUUUGGGGAAAUUCAAAUUACAGAAGGAUUGUAAGCAAUCAUACUAAUGAAAAAGGGUUUUGGGGCGAGUUGAAAUGACUUGUGGGCUAGUACAUGCUAGCUACAGCUUGCCCGAAUGGCAGGCUGUAAAACUGACUUUCUUUGCACCCUGGAGUAGGGACAUACAUACUGACCACCCGUCACAAGAGUGCCUACAGUGCUAUGAUGUGCAGACAUGUACAGUAUGUUAAUAGAUUUUAUUAAGCCUGCUUUUUAUAUUUGUAUUGCUGUGAUCAUAACUAAAUAGGUCCAGUGAUCUGACAGAUUGUAGUGAUUAUAACGUAGAACUUAAGUUUGCUUCAGCAGUUUGUGGAACAGUGGCUUGUCAUUGUUACAAUUUAUUGUUGAACAGCAGUACGACAUCCAUAUCAUUACUCUGAUCACUGAACUUUGUUUCAGUGCUCCAGAAUCUGCAAUUGUUGUAGUUACGUGGUUGGAAAGCGGCCUCUUUAAAAAACACUAUCGAAGUUUGGCAGAAUAAAGUUGUUUGCUGAAAUGGCAAAGAGAAACAAUUAAGUAAGGAAAGAAAUGCAAAAUACAGCCAAGAGGGAAGACAGCGAAAUGUCAAAAAUGUUGUCUUCUGUACAUGCCAGAAUCUUGAAAGCUUUAAUUUUGUUUCCAGGACAAAAGUUAGCAUACAUGUUCAUGUACAUGUAGUUGUGUACUGUUACCAGCAUUUUGGGCUGUUUGAGAAAUCACAUCGUAUAGUCAUUGUUUUCUUAAGCUGGUCUCACUUUGCAUAGAAAAGCAAUGUAGUUGCCUUCAACUGAGAUUUACACUGUAUGUGUUCAAUAUUAGGCAAUGCUGUACAAUGGUCUUCUUUACUACUCAUAUGCUGAUGUCAAUUCUUUUCGCUGACUGUGCCUUUUGCAUGCAGUUGUUUAACCCUUUAAGCCCUAAGAGUGAUCAGCAUCAAAUUUCUCCUAGAAAUAUCACUGCUUUGUAAAACAGAGUGGUCAUGAGAGUUACGGACAUGAUCACUCAAGAUGAAUCUAAUUGAUACUUCAACAAAUUCUCCCCACUACUUCUAUUGAAAACGUAUAGGGAUAACGAACGAGAAUUUGAAUUUUGAUGUUCGGGUUUAAACGGUUAAGCCUUAUUACUCCCAGCCCUCUCACCCCUGUGGAUGAGUGUUGAUAAGUAUUUACCAAACUCUCCACUGAGGUUCUCAGUGUGACGGUGUCUGGUGGUUGCCGCUCACAGGGUUGUCAUGGUUACCGGCUUCCGCGCUUGCAUGUAACUCCAUCAGUUUGUCCAGGCACUUUCCCCACUCCCAUCUAUUGUUGAUGGGUUUAAAUCUGAAAUGAACGGAUCUCUUCAAAAUUGUUGUCUAUAAUAAGCACAGCACAUGUACAGGCACACUGUAUAGAGAGUUUAAGCUUCAUGUAUAUGACAGACGGCAAAUGGCACAUUCAGGUUGAGAAUUUCGCAAAAUAGAAAGUGAGGAGGUAAAAACAGUUCAGAAAAUUCUUAUGGAUUAAAAAUUGUGUCUGUACUACUAAUUCAUGUGUAGCAAUAAUUAACAGUAGGAGCCAAGCAAAGGGAAACUUGGUCAGGUGAUACAAAUUCGCGGUUGCCGUUUGACGUAAAUGUGAUGCUUAACCUCUCUUUUGUCUGUUUGCCAUGGAACUUCGAAUUAGUAUGAAAAAAAAUUAUUUCCUGCCCACAGGUAAAAGUACAGAUGUACAAGUGUACCUUGUGAUUUGUGUAUGAUUAUAGUAAAUUGUUACAUAUACAAAGUUCAUAUGGGAACUGAUCCUCAGUCUCUGAACCACCAGCUAGUGCUUGCCAAAGAUAAUAACUUUUAUUGUAGCCUUUAUUAUAAAGUGAGUAGGAGAAAAAAGAUAUUUCUUACUGCUGAAGCAAAUCUAUAAUUUCUUUCAUGUGUGACUUAUUUUCUAGCCGAUGGACUAUGAGGGCUUCAAGUUGUUUAUGUCGGCGUAUCUUGGAGAUGAUGUCAGUGAAGACUUGUGCCAACAUCUUUUCUGGGCAUUUCACAAACAAGUUGCUGUGAAUUCACCAUCACUGUCACAAACUAUCAUAGACAGUGUGGCUGCUACAGUUGUUUCAAACUCUCAACAAGAUGUCCACAAAUUCGAUCAGAGGAGACGUAAGUCUACUUGCAUCUCUUGAAAAUUUGCAAUUGCAUGUGUUUUUUAGUAGUCAUUUUUCGAAGUACAUUUACUUGUAUCUUAGAAAUGUUUGUGAUUACCUACACUGUGUAUCUCUUUCAGAUUUAAUUUCUCUUUGUUAGUUCUUAUUUUCCUGCAUACCAAAAAGAAGCCCCUAAAAUGCUCUUUUAUUCGGGAGCAGAGUCAUAAAUAAAGCUAUGCGCACUAAAAAAUCUUCCUGUUACAUGUAUAUCCAACAUAGUGGCAGUGCUUUAAUUCAGGCACCAUUCGUAACCUUUUAAGUCAUAAUAUCCUUGUACAAAUUCUCCAAACUGAUCUCCAUACAGUUCCUUAAAGAAAUAGAUGAGAGAAUUUGAUCAAACACCAAAGAUGUUUUCCUAUGGUUAUCUUUUUUAUUGAUUCUCUCAACCUUUCCUUUUGAUGAUGUAUGGAUAUUGUUGGGAGAAAAUUGGUAUUGGUCACCCUUGAAGUAUUGCCUAAAGAUUUUAUGGAUACAGUAGAGUUUUUUAGUGCCUUCACAACCAAAAUCACUUAAGUGUAGCAAUGUUUUCAAGAAUUUUUGAAUUGCUUGGGUAACCAUUUUGAGAGACCCAUUUGUUCAUUUGGCUAUCCUCACCUUUAGAAAGAAACUAGACUCGCCAAAAGGCGAAUUUACUGGGCUGCUUCUGCUUGGGCUUACACUGGACAGAAAUAUUGUAUUGUAUGAAAACGAGAAGUUUACUAAAAGAGACAGCCAUCCAUGAUCCUGAUCCAUGGGCCUCAUUAAUAAUUACACUGAGAUGAUCCUCAUUUGUGGUCUACUGUUUUCAUGUGAAUCACAUUUUUUUUCCCACAAGAUAAAAGGUAUUCAGUUUAAAGAUUUUUCUCUUGGUAUUUUUCUCUAACUUCAAAGAAGAAAAUCCUUUGCAUUUUGUGACCUAAAAAAAGUUUAAAGAUUUCUUGCUUGCAUGUUGCUUUCAUCAGCAUGAACUUUAAACAAUGAUAGAUGAAACGAUCGGUAACAUAUUUUUUACUGUGUUACUAAUAUGAGUUAAAAAUUUGCUCGAGUUCGCUGUUUGUCUCACCAGUGACUAAAUUUUCUUCAUGGCAGAAAAUAAUAUUAUGCCGUUUUAUAACUCCUCGGAAGUUUUUGUGCUAGUUAAACAAUAUCGAAACACUAUUCACAGUCCUUGGAUAUUAAAAAGACUGAAACGCACUGAAAUGCACUAUGUGUCCUUGUUUACUUCUGAUCACGUGCACUAAAUUCUCUUUUCAAGUGAUUCAUCUCAAUGCACAAUAAUUGACCCUUAUAUUUAUUAAAACCCCUUGGUUCAUAUUAAUACUGUUUUUGCCCCUCACUCACAUUUACAGUAUUCGUUUGUAUUCAAAACACCUUUAGGUCAUGUAAGCUGUGUGUUAUGUUUAGACAUAAAUCGAUUAUAGUCUUUUUAAGUUCCCAUUUUGCGGUGGUUUCAGAUUACAUCUCCAUAAAAUGCUACACAUGGCACGAAACAUCACACAAGCUGUAAACUUUCAAAAAUUUUUUGAAAUUCGCCUAUGCUGACGUCAAUAAUAUUGUGCUUGCUGAAUGGGCAAACACCCAGAAUAGAGGAGAAGCAUAACAAAUGAUAACAAGAUCACGUACAAAUUUAAUGAUAAAGGCUUAGAUACUGAUACAAACAAAAGCAACACCUCAGGGCUUAUACACUUGAAAACAACUGUAUGCCCUCUACUCAGUAACCAAACCUUGUUAGUAAUAGCUCCUAUUUACCUCAAGUUGGAGCUCCCGGAGCAGAUAUCCAGGUGAAGCUUUGAACUUGUGAGCAAAAUUCUCAAAGUUCCUAUUUUUGUCUGUGUCUUCUUUAUCCUUAGCUGAAAUUUAGACCUCCAAAGUGGCCUGUGUUGCAUUUAAUAGGAGAAAGUACUAAAAUGAAAAGCUAGUCUUCUAACAUGGCAAAGUUGUAGCCUACGUGGCAGGCGUUAAAAGGGGAAGGGGGAGGGGGAAUUUGGGUUCGCGAGGGAGAAAGGAAAGGAACGCCUGCAAGGACGCCAUUGUUUUCUCCGUUUUCACGCUCAGAUUCUGAGCGUGAAAAUAGUGAUUGGUCAGAAUUAAUUAAAUGUCAAUCUUCGACUUAAUACCUUUUUCCAGUUGGUUGAAAUCAACAUCACACCAUUUGAGUAACUAAACAUAUGUCGUUAGUGAAGCAUGAUGAGAUUUCUCUACGGGAAUUCAUCAUUAGAAGGCAUCAAUUUCAGCUCAAAAAGAGAAUAGAAAAAAAGCAGUCAAAGAACUGUAUGAACUAAAAGGCCUGUCAGCAGAUGAGGUUUGCUGACUGGUUCUGAAAAGUAUCAUCUCCCAACAGCUUGUCAGUUUUACUCGCCAGAAGAAAGAAAGGAAAAAUCAUGCUGCCUGUGUGCUUGUUAUCUGCAUUAUCAAUGGCAAGAUAAUUGAAGACGAAGCGAUCUAUAACUUUUGGCGAUUUUUGGUUGAGGACUUCUUCUUGCCAGUUAUAAAACUGCCAGGAACUUACUUUAAUGAUAAAUUGUUGCCUUCUUGCAGAUCUUCAAAGUUCAGCUCUUCUUUCCCCGCCACCAGCCUACUUUUGUGUGCUCGGCUGGAUCCAAUUGUCCUGAUAGAAAUUCAAAGAGUGCGUGACGGCAAAGUGUUUUAAUUUUUCUCAUACAAACACUGCAUUGAAAGUUGUGCCGAGCCGUUACAUUUCUUAUUAUUAGUUUUUCAGCCCGAUUCCUUCAGCAACAACUUGAAUAGAUUUAUGCUGGAUUUUAUGUAACUCGUUGUUGCAACUUUCAAGGAAGAUUCCUUCGAUGGACGACUGCAUUUGAACUUUUUUUAUAGUACCUUUACUUUAGAUUUCUUGUUUUCGGAAAGCAAACGAAAAACAGUGCGAGAAAUAUGACUAGAAUAUCUGCAUUGUGGCCAGACUUAUUUGACAGCUAGUCAUUCACAGUUGCGUUAUUUUUGUUAUUUUUUUAAUUAGUAGGCGGGAUGGCAAAAACAAUGGCUUCCUUGCAGGUGUUCCCCUCAUUCCUCCUCUCUUGCGCUUGGUCUCGCGCACUAAUUCCCUUCCCCUUCCCUUUCGAAUGCCUGCCACGCAGGCUAUCAAAGUUGUCACUUCCCUUGCUCAUGGACGUCCAUUUCUUAACAUCAGGAUUCAUCUGACACUCAUCGGCAACUGAGUUGUUCACUUCAGUACAGCAGCUUACAAUCAAGUCUUCAACCAUAGUUUCAUCAAUAUAUUGGUAUAAAUUACUUUGCUCGUAAAUUGUGCUUAUUAACUGUGAACAUGUACUACAUCGAUCAUUAAUUUUUGGUCGCCUCCGAAGAAAAACAUCCACCCGUUGGAGGGAAGAUGUGAGGGUAUGUCUGGUACCAAGAAAUGGUGUUUUCAAGUGGUUUCAUUCGAUUUUCCCUUGCACAAAUAUUUUUUAUACCUUGUCCCCACCCCCCAGGAAUCCAGAAGACAUUACGAAUCAAGAAGGCUUUUUUUUUAAAGCAAUUCAAUCAUAGGAGUCACUUAACAAGUGUUGUCACUGUUCAGGUUUAAGUCAAUUGAUGAUGUUGGGGCUAGGAAACUGAAUCAGAGAAAUGCUCACGUUGCAUACAAACCCACCUGCCGUUCACGGUAGGUUCACUUUAAAGGAUGGCUAUGGGCAUCAGUUUUGAAACAGGCCGUUUCGUGAACUCAAAGGGAGAACUGAAAUUAUAAUUGGCUUGCGUUACAGGCAGCCCAGUAAUAAUGAUGUUUGGAGGUUCAAAUGCUCUAAUUCUACCAGGAUAUAAUAAUUAUUUUGUUGAAUCACCUCUGCCUCGAUCUGCUCAACAUAUCAUUAACUAUAAGUGAGCUCUCAUUGUUUCCAAUAUGAUUUCAUGUUCCCAAAAGUUCAUUGAUUUUUACAUGCACCACCAAACACUGUAAUAGAGCAAGCUGUUGGGAUUUGUAUUGCCGCAAGUUGCCCUGUGAGAGAAUAAACAUUGUGCUAGUUUUAACACAGUUACACACAGAAAACACUCAGUUUGAUACCUAGGUGCCAGACUCUGGAGCAAGAUACCAAGCAAAGACAGUUUGGCUGCCAGUCUUAAGCAGUUUAAGACCCGGAUAUGCAGUCUUGAUUUAAGUAACAUUUUAGAUGGAUGUUGUGGCUGCUACCUUUGAAAUUUGUAAUUUUAAAUUUUGUUAAUUACAAUUUUAGUUACAAGAUUUUAGAAUUUUGAUAAUUUUUAAUGGCGUUUUUGUAGUACAUAUGUUAGUGAGUUAUCAUUAGUAGUUUCUAAUUCUAACUCUUAGUAGAUUCUAGUUUCGACUCUAUAUUAAUUUGUUUUGUAUUUUUAGAUUGUAUUUUAGAAAGUUAGUUGUUCCCUAAUAACAGUGGGGAAUCCCCUCUGCUAGAUUUUUGCUUGACACGUUAAUAAAGGCAUUAUUAUUAUUAAAGGAACAGUAUCCCAUUACUGCACAUGCACCAAACUUUGAUUUUUGGACAGGAUGUCGUGAAAUCAAAAGAUGCCAGGAGAGUGAGAGAACCUUGAAACAUCCGUUUGCAUCGCACUUGGGCAAGUUCAAUACUACACUAAAACUUCUCAGGACUACAGAUCAAUGAUAUAUUGUUCCUGUUAAGUCUCGGUUUGGGCGAAAUCGGAAUUUUUUGGCUUUACUUUUAUUGCCGUUGGCCAGAGGACCAAAAGAUGGGAAGCACUUUGAUGCCAAUUGAAGGCUUAUUUCCUCUGCUAGCUUCCAUACGAGCUCAGAUAAUUGUGAAAGGAAAACGCAGAAAUGAAACAGCAACAAUAAAGACUGUAAGAAAGAAACCAUUGAGACAUUGGUGUGACUGAAGAGAUCUCAUCAAAUUAAACUUCGUGAAGUAGAAUGUUUUGCAACGACGUGUUGGUAAACUUUUAAAUGAACCUUCCUACAGCCCACCAAAUCAAACAAACAGGGGCUACAUGUUUAGAAAAACUAGUGCCAUGAAAUCAUAACAUAAUUUUUGACUAACCUUUGCGAUGAUUCAUAGCGUUGAGAUUGCACUUUUAUUUAUGUCUUUCAAACGUUUGAGGCUAGAACGCGAGCAAAUCAUAUGAAUAUUACGGGACUUGGAACAAUUGACCUCUGACUCAAGUUUCACAUUAGAAAAGCUGUUUUUAAAGCGAGCGGAACAAGAUUUUCGGGUCACGAGGUGGCCCUGCUUGCGAUAAAAUCGUGAUGAGUCUUCCUGCUGUGAGCUAAUUUUUUAUUAAGACGAAAGACUUCUUUGAAAGUCUAAAAUAUUACUUGAGAAUGUAAACAACAAAUCUCCGUCGGCAGUGUGGUCUGGAAAGAAAUCUUGUCUGGUCAAUAUGACAGUUCUAUUGUCUUUAGAAGAAAAAACAGGUGACGCUCGCGCAUGUGCAUAAUCAAAACUCUGUCCCUUUAACUUGGAGAAAUAUACGUAUAAUAACCAUCUCUUCUUAGCUCUGUUAACUUAUAGCUGACUCAAAUGAUUGUUGAUAUACUAAUCUGUUUAUUAUUGUGUGUUUUCAUAAGCAAUGAUGACCCACAAAUUGCAUUUUCUACAUGUAGCUCCUCUCAGAGAAGAUGGCUACUUUUCUCCCUUUGUUUCAGUAAUUAAAGAAAGAUUUUUUUGCAUGUUAUUGAUAAAACAGUCAGUUUCUUUACUCAAUCCAGCUUCCUCUUUCAAAUUUUGUUGAAAACCCUGAUAUUGUUUUCUUUCUAUGAAUUCUUAAAGUAAGCCUUUGUAUAAUCAGUACGGUGUUCCAUUAUUACUAUACACUUAACACCAGAAUAUCCUCAGAUUUGUGCCUGUCAAUUAAAAAGUAACAUAAAUUGGAGCAUUGAACACUGUAUUUUUAUAAGACAUCCAGGGUACAAUAUGCUGGCAACACUAAUUUUGCAACUAACUGUUCAGGUUAUAGAAUUUUAGAAGAACUGAAGACAAACCAUGUGUUAAACUAAUGUUAUAAACUUUUGUUUCUAAACUGGCAGAGAGAAAAAAAUCAGUGCUUUUGGCUGUGCUAGUUACCUGUUCAGGGUGGAUUGAAUAAUUUAUUACAUGUGACUUGACUUGUGACCUGAAUUUUCCCUCUACUGAUGUAGUGUCAAAAUUAUAUAUUUUUUGUUUCCUAUGCAACUAUUACAUCACGGGAAUAAAACUGUCUGUAUAUAUGUUACAGGUCAAAAUUGUAUUCAAGCUAAAAUUUUUUAACCUAUGUUGAUUCUCAAUUUCUUUAGUUUCUUAGCCUUAAUUAUUCAUGAAUUAGGGCUAGGAGACAGGAAAUUGAGAAUAAAUUUAAAAACCUGAAUGUAGUUUUGACCUGUAACAUAUAUUUCUUUAGCUUAUGUUGAAGGUUAUCAAUAAAUUUAAUCCACUGAAGCUGAGAACUUAAGUUUUGCAUAAGGAAUUGGAAUUUUUAUAUUAAAUAAAUAAUCUCUUUAUUUAAUAAGAAACUAAAUAAAUUUUUUGGUCUCAAACCUGCCAUGAUGUUUGUUAAACCAACAAUAAUUUUUACAAUGAGAUAACAACUUUAAUCAGUAAAAUAUCACCUGUAAUUCAUAAAAGUUCAUAAACUAUAAUGACUCUUUAAAUCAUGAACUACACAUUCAGUUUCAGAAAUUCCAGGUAUUCACAGUGGAGCUGGAACAGCAGCGCUGGUUGCCACAGCAGCAGCUGUAGGGGUUGGCGAUAAACCAGAAAUAACGCUAUCUAAAGUCAAAGAUGAUGAACCUGAAUCCAGUGCUAAACCUAAUGGAUCACCCAGCAUUAAAAAUAAUAAUGAUACGAUACCCAAACCACAACCAUCACUCACUCUUUCUCUGGCGCCUCAAGAUUCUUUAGGGCUCGGCUCAUGGGGGCGAAAAUCUCCUGAUUUAAAACACCAUUUCCGGCGACAUUCUAGUGGCUCAUUCAUGGGUUAGUGACUACAUUAACAUCCUUUAAUCAUAAAUUGACUUCAUAUAAAGCAUGAGUUAUUUCACUUAAACAUCAAUUUAUGUAUUAUAUUUUUUUGUAACAUCUUUGAUCAUUGCUUUGUUGCUGCUAAAAUAACAACUAAUAGUUAACGGUAAUGCUGGUUAUAAAUUACGUUUUUGGUACAGCUGGGAAAUGGACGGGUUCAAGAUAGACUUUGUUUCUCUGUAAAAGGGUUGGGUUAAGGUGAACAUUUCUUUUACUAAGAGACUUAACUAAAUCAACAAAAUCAAACUUAACAUUAGACCUGACUUAAGAUCUAAAUUUAAACAUCAAAACCCAGUGCGAAGAAUGAAUUUUGCGAUAAAGUUAAAUAAAUUAUUUUCCUGAUCUAUGUUGGUUGAAAAAGGCAACUUUGAUAAAGAUGAUCAAGGUUGAAAGCUUGAUGAACAAUUUUGCAGCAUAGGAAUAGAAAAUCAUGACCAACUUUGCCAAAAACUUUCAACAUUCACCAUUUUCCGAAUUUCAUUUUGAAUAAAAAUGAUGGUAGAGUGAGCCUGUUCAAUUUCACAUCAGAAACUUAUUAAUAAAUACUUUCAUGAGCAAAGUCUUCCAGGUGCAUGUCUCGAGUUUUUCGAGUGUUUCUGAUUGGUUGAAGCAAAUUUUGAGCCAAUCAGAAGCAGUACCCAGAUCCAGGUUCUGACGCUGUAACAGUAUAGAAUUUCUGUGCUUGUUUCUCAGACAUCACAUUUUGGGGAAACUAGUGGUUGCGUCAUGAAAUGUCGGCUGUUGUCUUAGCCUAGUUAGUAAAGAGGAUCCCCUUAGCUUGUUAGUUGUAAGGUGCUAGGUUUGUGUGCUUGCAUUACGUGGAAUUAAGAGAGCAAGAUCAUUUUCAUUACAUUUUUUUGUAAUGAUGGAAACUUGGUUUACAGUAUUAUUGUGCUUUCCUGGUUUUCUUUUGAUAACAAGUAGCUUUAAAUGUUGAAAGAUUUCUUUACAGUGAAAUCAGGCAUCAGAAAGCUUUAAGAUAAAGUCUGAACUCAUGGGCUUUUAACACAGAUCCCCCAUGGCCAUAGAUGUCAGCCUUACAGCUGUCAGAAAUUAAAUAAAACUGUGCUGAAAUAAACUUUCUGAGUAGUUGUUUUUAAGUGUUAUUAGCUGUAUUUCAUGUGUUCUGUUUUUCUCAGCAUUCAAAGUGGCCAAUGAGCAUCCACCAGCUCACCCACGGUCCAGUUCACAGAGGAAGAAAAUGUCCAGCGAACAAGUUAACCUUCUGAAUGUGAACCCACAUGCAAACACAGUACCCAUGGUGUCGAUAAGAGAGAUCGCUUGCUAUCUGUCUAUGCUGGAGGGCGGCAAGGUGGAGGACAAACUGGAAUGUAAGAACAUAUAAGUAGAUGAUAUUAUGUGACAAGUGGAGAUAAUGAAUUACUCUUUGAAUGUUGAAAAUAUUUCAAGAAUGAGCACAGCAAAUGAGUGAAAUAUUUUUUAAUGCAAGAAGGGAAACUUAUUAUCACCAGGCAGCCAUGUAGAGUUCUAUUAUUGCAUCGAGUGUGAAAUACCAAACCAUUUCACUGUAAUAUUUUUCGCAAAAGGCGCAAUUUAUGUUGAAGCCAUAGCAACAGUGAUCUUUUCACUAACCACGUGAAAGCUCACCUGGUAUUUCAUUGUUGCUUAUACAAUAAAAUAAAUAAAUUAAUUUUACUACCUGUACUUACAGCAAAGAGCUGGAAGAGAUGUAGUAAUUUUUGUUAAUGGGGAUUCAAAACUUAUCCCUAGUUGAAACUGUCUUCCUUAUGUAAUAUUUCUAGCUUUUCACCUGUUUUCGUGAUAUCAGAUGUGUGCUACAGUAACCAUCGCUUAGCAAAAUUGCCAUAAAAUUACCAUAAAAGUGCACAAUAGGAAAAAAAAAUCACACAUUUUUUAUGAGGCAGGUACAAAAGUCGGACCGGAUCAACUCGGACCGCCAGUCCGGGUCGGAUCAACUCGGAUCGACUCGGAUCAAAUAAAAAAAUAAAAAUAAAAUAAAAGUGGACUAGGAUCAACUUGGAUCAUAAAAAGAAAAAUAAAAUCAAUCGGUGUCACUUACCUUUCACCCGCCAUUUUGUUUUUUUCUCAUGAACUCGUGGUUGCGUAAAUUAAUUCUAUUUUUAUUGUUAUUAAUUUUAGUGAUACACUAGUGAGCAGCACACACGCACAUCCAGUGAACAUUUUUAACUUGAAAGGAGGAGAAACCAUGCUCGCCCGGGACAACAAAACUUUUCGUACCCCAGGCGAGAAUCGAACUCGCGACCCUCCGAAUACUAUAAAGAUUCGACGUUCUAACCACUGAACCGGAGGGCCGCGCGUUCGAUCCUUGCCAGGGGCAUGAAAAUUUUCUUUGUCCCGGGCGAGCAUGGUUUCUCCUCCUUCCAAGUUGAAAAUGUUCACUGGAAAUGUACGUGUGCUGCUCACUAGUGUAUCAUUAAAAUCAAGUUUCAGAAGGUCCUGCAGAAAAAAACAAACAAGAAUGAGAGCACUCUUCAGUCUGACUCUUUGGUAACUAUCUAAAUGCGAUCAACAGACCAGGCCUUUGAUGCUUUUCUCAUAAAUAAUUCAGUACACUAAAAAAUAAGCAAAUACAUACAUUCUAGGCUACUGAAACUAUCAUUUUCUUUGGAAUGAAGAAAAUGGUCGAGAUUUUACCUUCCUCUAGGUCAUCUAUAUCUGUGUCCUUGAAACAGAACGCGCGCGUCGUGUAACGCAACCAUGAGUUCCUAACAUGAUCCGAGAGGAACUGGCACUAGUAAAACAAAAUGGCUGCUGAAAGCCACGGAGAAAAAAAGGAUUAUCUGGCCUUUUUUACCCUCCAAAUGGGUUAAAUUUUCAGUUUUGCUAAUUAAAUUAUUAUUUUUUUUGUUGAUCCGAGUCCACUUUUAUUUUAUUUUUAUUUUUUUUAUUCGAUCCGAGUCGAUCCGGGUUGAUCCGACCCGGACAGGCAGUCCGAGUUGAUCCGGUCCGACUUUUGUACCUGCCUAUUUUUUAUGUGACAUGUCUGCCACAUGUUGCUAGAAUUAAGAAGAAAUGUCCAGUGUCAAGAUGUAAAUGUCUCAUGCUUUGGAAAAUAAGUAUGUAUUUUUUGUUAUGAAUGACAUUAUUUUCCUUUCUUUAUAUUCAGUUGUCUUUAGAGUGUAUGAUAGUGAUGGAAACGAGUAUCUUGAUUCUCAGGUAACACUAAUUAGUUAUCAUUUACUUGUUUUGCAGUAGCUACACAAUGAUCUUACUGUCUCCUCUUUCUAAGAUGUCCCCUUUGGGACUAGCACUAACUGUCCAUCUAAGAGUGAUGCCUCUCUUAUAUAGAGUUGAUUAAAGGGAGUAGAGAAAGUCAGGACAAACUGAUGUGUCCGUCUUAUAGAGGCUUCUGUUAAGAGAGAGACAGUCGUGUGUAUAUUAUAUAUCAUUAAAAACUGAGUCAUUGGAUAAUGCAAUUCUAGAGCUCUGAUUGGCUUAGCCAUCAUGGUAUAUGAGCCAUUAUACCAUGCUCUAUUAAAGACAAGCUGAAAAUCUGUUGUUUUUACAAAUAAAGUUGGGAAGAAUUCUCGAUAUUUUGUGGGCAUUUUAAUAAAACAAUUAGUCCACUCGUGCUUGUUGGAUGUGAGAUGGUAGAUGGCCAACUCAUAUCCAAUGCGCACUUGUGGAAUUUGGUCAUUAGAGGUGCUAUACCUAUGUUAAUUAAUGCCUACCUAUGUUGCAAAUUGUCCUUUUGCAAUACAGUGUAGGUGGUCGUGUGAUCACCUUGAACUGUAACCACAAUAACAAUCUUGUCUGUAAAAAUAUGCUAUUGACUAGAACCAAAAGAGCAUAUAAGAAUAAGUCAACCUGUUAAUUUUCAGCUGUAUACAACUGUACAUGCAUCUCAAAAGUAGUGAUUUCAAUGGCUGCUGUAAGUGAAAAGAAUUUGUCAACCCUUCCCACCCAAUCAUGGGUGAGUGGUUUUCCAUUUUGAAAUUUUAAAACUGUCUUCAAAUCUUUCCUUAUGUAUUACGAAGCUCAACUUUUCUUUUGUUCAUAACAGCCAAUUUGAGCGCUACACAGCCAAAAUUCUACAGGUUACCUAAUAUUUAUAUGCUUUUUCAUUUCCUGCUAACAUAAUUUUUCUGUGCUGGGAAUUGAUUAUGUGAUUUUGAGCAAGUUGAUUUUUAAACUUAAAGUUGCAAAGAAAGUCUAAUUUACAGCUUGCUAUUCGGGCAUGCUCUACCUGGCAUGUACUUCUCAUCCCCAAAGUCAACUACCCCAACAAAAAUUUUUGAUGAGUAGCAUUGACUUCAGUAUUUCUGUAAUUUGAAUCCCCCCAAGAAAAUUUCAGUGUCCCAUUGGGCAAGUUAAAAACAGAAUUUACUAGCCUGACAGCAAAGUCCACUAGCCCCAGGCUAUCUGACACUACUUUUUUUAUGCUGAAUUUAAUGGAGCACAUAAAAUGAUAAUUUAGGAAAAACAACAACUAAAAUAUUUCUCACUUACAGUGCAGUGAGUACACAGUAAUGCCAUUGAAAGUCAACUUAUGUGGUCUGUUUUAUGCCAGUAUUCCACUUUUCCUUUAAAUUCACUUUAUGCCCCAAAUAUAUCCUUUGAAGAACUAUUUUUUUGCUGUUGUAUUACAGUAUCAUAUUCCUGCAAACUUGGCAAGUGUAAUGCAUUCAAUGUGUCUCUUUCAAUUCCUUUUGGAUUUUUUUUAAGUUGAAUUAAAUGUGGGAGGGUUUAUUUAUUUAUUUAUUAUUAGUAUUAUUAUUAUUAUUUUAAUGUUUUUCCGAAGUCAAAAUUUUUUUGGAGGGGAAUUGUGGAUAAAAUAUCACUUGCAAAAUUAGAACCAUUAAUAAUUUAGUGCCAGAGAGCACUUAAAUCCUAGUGUUGAUUAUAGGUGAGCUGUGGUUAAUUAACUCAGAAUCUACUUAGCAGAAAUUAUAAAAUGGUAGACAAAUAUAGCUUUGUGAUAACACGUUUGUAUUAAGUUACAUUAAAUAUAAGGGAAAUAGGACAAAAAUAUCAACUUCUACUUCACUAUUAACACUCACAAUAAUUAUUAUUGUGCUAGUAUAACUAGUGGGAGAAAUAGAGAAAAAUAAAAUGUAAUAUAAUAAACAUUCGGUCACCUGCUCAUCAAAUUAAAUUUUAAUGUAGCUAAUACAUUUUAGUAAAAGUUAGAGACUAAGUGUACAGGUACAGUCGUACAAAGUGCAACUGUUGUUUCUGUUGCGCAAAAAGGCUUGCAUCAUGGUAUGUGUAAGUCAUGUAACAAAGAAGUUACAGUCUCUUAACGCUUUGGAAGACAUAAAGAAUCAGCAUGCCGUAUUCUAUGUAAGGUGGAUAUAAUUAAAGUUUUUUUUACUUCGUAUUUCAUGUUUGUUCAAGGAAUUAGAGUGUAUUACACAACAGAUGAUGAGCGUAGCUCAGUAUCUUGGUUGGGAUGUCACGGAACUCAAGCCAGUAAGUAUUCUAUUUUAUAUUUCAUUAUCUUAAAAAGUUUUUUGUCUGUGCACUGUGUAGAGAAGAUGUAAACUAUGCAUUUAAAGAGCAUGUGGGUUAAUAGCGGCAGUUGUAAAAUAAUUUGACACCUGCAAUUGGUAAAUCAAGUCAUUGAAAUGGUACAAAAUCUCUAGAAUAUUCCUGCACUCCUCUGUUUUCUCUGAAAUGUGCCUCCCUCUUUAGCACACAUUUUUGAGCAGUCAGAUGAAAUUGUUAUUUGCAAAUUAACAUACGGGAAGGGAAAAGGAUGCAAGUGCUUCAAGAAAUUUGAUGACUAUUGUGACAUCACAUGUAUUAGAGUUGGCGAAUAAAGCGCAGUUUCUGUAUAAUUUGUCUGGAUUAUUCAAAAUGUCUUCAAAAUGUUUGGUGUAUGAAUACAUGUAUGGAAACAUCUCUGGUGGUAUGCGGGACAUUAUGUACAUGUAAUAUUAUAAGGGUGAUCGCAGUUGCUUGAAAAUGCUGAAGUAUAUAUAAAUGGAUGGGCUGGUCUCAUGUUGUUGUCUGGAUCAUCUUGAUUCUCUUCUUAAAAAGUGAAGUGCUCGAGAUGGUCAUGAUUAUCACAUAAAAACUAGACUUUAAAGCACUUGAUAUUCAUGUUGGAAUGUUAUUUUAGAGAAUGUGCAUGUAGAGCAGGUACUUAAGGCUGCUAUGCCUAAGAUUACCCUUAGCUUGCAGGACUUGUUGAAGGUAUAAUGCUCUGGCAAAUAAUAGUUAUUGCAUGUGGGGGUUAGUACUUCAGGGCUCAAAGUUGAGUUAAGAUCACCUAGAGUUGGUCUGAAAUUUGAAUUCAGAUAUGAAAGCGUAAUUAGCAAAUUUAGCUUAAUCAUCUUUGACUAUAAUUAGUUGAGAGGAUUUUGUAAAUAGAAUAGAGAAAAGUAUUGAAGAAAUCUCUUUAAACCGGCUACAGAAAAAGAAACCAGAAUUAAAAUGUAACCCUGGGUUAGUGCCUUUGAACAACUGGGCCUUGUUCUAUACUUUGUUUAGAUUAGCUUGCAAGCAUGUCAGUUCUUGAGGGAUGCAGUGGGAAUGCACCACUUGGCAGACAAGCUUUUGCGGGCACAGUUGUAUUGUUGUAAAGAUAUUUUUUACAGUAAGAACUUGUUGGUAGUGCUGUGGUAUGCGAUAUAUCAUGCAGGUGAUGUUAUCUUGUGCAAUAUUGGUAGAGCUGUGGUUAACUUGCAGCAUCUUCGUAAAGCAGUGGCAUAUUGUGCAGGAAAUUUUGGUAUUGGUGUGGAAGAUUAUCUUGAGAGGUUGGUAAUGCUGUGCAGUUGAUAAUGCCGUUCAUGUUAUUGCGUGUUAUAGAUAUUGCAGGACAUGUUGGUAGAGCUGGAUGAUGAUGCUGAUGGACAGAUAUCUUUAGAUGAGUGGAUCAAGGGAGGACUUACCACAAUUCCUCUCAGAGUUCUGCUUGGUUUAGAAACUGUAAGUAUUGUAAUGACUAAAUAUCAUUUAUAUCAUUUUAACACCGAGGAAAUACCGGGUGAGUUUUUGCGUGAAAACAUGACAUGUUCAAACACAAAAGAUCACCAUUGCUAUGGCAGCCACAAAAUAAAUUGAACCUUUUUGCAGCCAAAAAAAUGUCAAAGUAAAAUGGUUUGGUAUUUCAUUGGUGUUUAUACAAUAAAUAGAGCAUGACAUUGUCGCUUGGAGAUAUGUAGAGACAUCCAACUUCGCUGUGCUCACUCGAGGGAAAUGGAGUUGAACAAUGGGAGAUAAAAUUCGUAUCCACGCGCGGGCAUGUAAUAUCCUCAAUUUAUAAAUCAACAUACCCAUGUAAUCUUAAAACUGCACAACACAGUCUUAUAUUGAAGCUUGGUUUUGGAACGCCUCUCCUAAACAAAAUGUCAGGUCACUUUAGCAAAACGUCUGCUAUGGAAGGAAGCAAUUAACCUGAGAUCAGGCGUUAUUUUAUUUUAUUUUUUUUUUUUGGCUAGGAAGCAAUGAGAGGCUAUACCAUUACCAUUCCUAAAUUUUUCGCGUUACUCUCAUGAAAGUUGUUGACACUCCCAUAACUUAUUCUUUCUUCUUUUUUACCCACAGCAAAUCAGAGAUGAUGGGCAGCACCAGGUAUCAUUACUUGUUGAUUUUCUAUUCACAAUACAAUUCACUUCAGUGUAAUUUUCUUUUGCAUUUCUAUGUUACCGUGUGUAACAUCCUGUAAUGGGUAUAUCCUGAUAAUAUAGGUUUUUGUAGCUUAAUUGGGGGAUCCCAUGUUAUUACUGGUAAACAUAUAAGUCUCCUAUGAAAUUGCCUUUUUUCCCUUGGAAAAUUAAAUAAUAGAGAAUUUGACAUGAGACCAGGCACUCCUGAUUUAGCUAAAGAACGGGAACGUCAGUUGACGACGGCGCGGGCAAAUCAGACAACUGGUUUGACCAAUGGCAGAGCGGCAAAUUGGGCAUAGGAAGUCGUGUUAGUCCUUUCCGCGCGCUUUCCCGUCGUCAACUGACGUUCCCGUCCUGUUGCUGAAUCAACUAUUAUUCCAGCAUCUUCCUACAUUCUUAAAGUAUUUUUUAUGCAUUCUCUUCUCAACAGUGGCGACAAAAGUAUUUCAGCAGACCGGCUUACUGCAACAUGUGUCACAAUGUUUUAAAUGGGUUUGGGCGCAAGCAAGGACUUCAGUGCUUAUGUAAGUCAGAUAGAUAAUCUUUCUAUGAUAUAGGCCAUGCGUUUUCCAGUUUGUACCCUAAAAUUAAAUUCGCCUUGAGUUAGGCUGUGUUUCGACACGGAUAAUAAUUUGAUGAAGAACACAAGAAAAGGUUACAUUGCUGGUUAAAAUUUAUUUCCCUUUGUUUUAGAAUCAUAAUGGAGACAUGUAAGUACGGGGAGAACUUUUAAGUUCUUAACGGGGAACGGGAUUUUGUCGAUGUAGGGAGAGCGCACAGGUGAACGGGCGUCAUUUGGUGGGACUUUUUUUUGUUUUUGAGAAGUUCUUAACGGGGAACCUACUUUGAAGCUCUCUGGGAUUUUGUCAAUAUAGGGAGAGCGCACUGGUGAACCGGCGUCAUUUUGGUGGGAAAAAGCUAUAGCCGUCGUCAUUUUACUACGGGUUUUAGCGGAAAUGUCGUAGUGACGGGAAAAUGUUGAAGGUUUUAUUACUUUGCGAUCUUAAGCUCCUUCAAUAAAAUAACCUUGUUAACUUUUCUGGUAACAAAAUAGGAAAAUGAAACUAACCCUAACCCUUGGAUAUCAUUGUACUUGAAACGAAAUCAUUGUUGUUGUUGUUGUCAGUUUUAAAUAGAUGAACAUUUAUAAUGUAGAUAGUACGUGGAUUGCCUGAUUUUUGCGUGAUGAAUCUAUUGUCUUUCCGCAGUCUGCAAGUACACAGUUCAUGAACGCUGCGUUCAGAGAGCGCCAGCAUCUUGUAUCAACACAUAUGUCAAGCAGUCAAGGAGAAGUGGAAAAAUGGUUAGUGAUAAGUAUUAAGAAGAGCCAUAAUAGGCUCUUUGUAUUAAGCAUUCUAGCAAUAACAACAAGUCAAUUUAGAAUUCAGUAUAAGGAAUCUUGUUUUCUUGUGUUGAGAAAGGCGAAUGGCAGACAACAAUGUUAAAAAGUUUUGCAAAUGAAAACGAUAUCGCGAGGCACCUUUGGACAUUUCCAUCGGCCGCAAUGAAACAUGAACCUCCAAUCAAUCAAUCAAUCAAUCAAUCGAUCGAUCGAUCAAUCAAUCAAUCAAUCAAUCAAUCAAUCAAUCAAUCAAUCAAUCAAUCAGUUAAUCAAUCAAUCAAUCAAUCAAUCAAUCGAUCGAUCAAUCAGUCAAACACGCGUGUGUACUAAUCUGGGACAUUAGCUUGUCUAACUUCUCUAAUGUUUGUUUAAUAAUGGAGCCUUCCACGGUUUUUUCGACUCGUAACGUGGAUCAAUUAGGGAUAGGGCACCUUAGCAGAAUAAAUAGCUUUGGGCUCGCAUGGAAAAAGGUGAAAAAAUAGCGCCUAUUCUGUAGACUACCAUUUCUUGAGAAACCUGGUUGACUUAUCGCUAAAGCGCUAGUCUUUUUAGGUGUCCUGUGGUGACAUUGAUGCCUUUUACUGAUAACGCAGUUUAAGCGAGAGGCAUUUUUUUUCCUACUUAGCAGCAAAAAGUCGCUUAUAGCCACAUCACCUAUUCUGUUUCUUUGAUUUUUCAGAGCAUGGAUCAUCACUGGACGGAAGGGAAUUGUCCUGGCAAGUGUUUUAAAUGCGGUAAAAAUGUGAAAAGUAACAACUGUCUGACUGGAUUACGCUGUGCAUGGUGCCAAGUUACUGUAAGUACUUAUGAGACAGGGUCGAUCUCUGUCGCUUUGCACUAUGGGUUGUGGGGGAAGAAGAUUGACAGAUUUUCCUGUCGGUUGUGACUAGAAUGCAUAGCCCCAAAUCAGAUUGUCAUCUUUAAUACUCAAAAUUCGCCACUGCAAACCUGUUCAAAAGGUGACAGUACGUGCGUGGCCAUUUGUCAAAGCGAAGAUGGUAUCUGCGACUUGUAUGCUGUUUCAAUGUACCGUGUCAAAGGGCGAAAAGAAGUUUUGUUUGGCCUUGAUUCCGGUUAAAUUCACGGCGCGAACCGCCCUACUUGUUUACAAUAGGAUGUGAUAUGAUGCUUCGAUCGGUCACUGACAGUGAUAUUCUACAGGAAACCAGCCGGGUGAUACGCGCUGUGAAUUUAACUGAAAUCAAAGUCAAACAUAAGUCCUUUGCCGUCUUGUGCUUUGUUUAUGUUUCCAUGGUGUGGAAGGGGUUAAAGCCUCGAGCAAAAAUUCAUCCAUCAACUCGUUACUCUUGUCAUUCAUUUCCUGCAGUAAAGUUAUUAUGUUUCCCAAGUUAUCAUCUCCCAAUCAGAAAGUUUUACAUUCAAAACAUAUACAACCACAGGUAGUAUGAGCAUGAAAUACAAGCAUCCAUAUCAGUAUGGUGUAAGACUUUUAACGAUUAUUGAAUAAGUGAUAACUUGCCCUGCUUAAUUACCACGCUUUUCUACUUUCAGAGUGGUUUUCUACUCGAUUCCUGGCUAUUUAAGCGGUGUUUUGAUGAUAUAUAGAACAAAAAUUUAUAGUAGAACAAACAACUGCUUAAAUGGUCGAAAAUUAACUAGAAAACCUCACAGAGGUUAAGUGGGGUAUGGAUUUUUCAUUCAAUACUCAUUCAUAGUUUCAGUGAAAUAAUCACAUCGGUUCUUUUCAUACAAGGUGUUGCCAAACAGACAAACCGUGUGGAUGCUUAUAUUUCCAGCUUGGCCUUCCUGUGGUACUACCACAGAAACGUAAGAGAACCUUAACUCUGUCAAAGCUAUCCUUCACGCAAAUGUUACAGGUUCAUGUGCAUCCGUCGUUUUGAACGCGGAAGUGAAAACAUCGAACUGUUUUUUUUUAGCCUAAUUGGUGGUGUAUAACGUUGGUUUUUUAGGUACAUAAUAAAUGUGCAACGCAUGUCGUCCCAGAGUGUAACCUCGGAGAACACAGAGAUCACAUACUGCCACCAGUAUCUAUCUCCCCAGCAGGACUGGUAUGUUAGUUUACUGUUAACAAGUGGCCGAUUCGCCACUUUAGAAACAAGAAGGGGACUGGAGCCUAAAUUGUGUCCCGCAAUUGUUUGUGGAAUCGUAACUAGGGACGCGCUGGUCAGAACCAGUAACAGUCCCAGAAGCCUUUGCGAAAGUCAACUCGGCCCAGUUUUCCUCGUAACUGUUGAAAAAGCUUGAAAUAAACAUUUGAGCUAAUUUUAUGUUGUAAAAUAUCCAAAAUCAAACAGAGCCACGCAUCAGUGUGUACUGAUGGAGGUCGACGAUGGGGUGAAGUUUUUAUGGUCACAUGACAUCUUCGGUUUGUUCACAGAUUCAAUAAUUAGAACUAUACUACAGGUCCCAGUUGUUCAAAAGCUCAAUAGCGUUAUCCACCGGAUAAAUCACUGUCGAGUGGAUAAUUAAUUGAGAAACCAACCGCAUUAUCCCCUGGAUAGAGAUUUAUCUGCUGGAUAGUGUUGUCCACCUUUUGUACAACUGGGGCCAGGCCUCCAUGAUCGAAGCUAGGAAAGAAUAAGGUUAAUGAAAUGUCUCCCGCUUUGACGCGCGCGUGUUACUCCAACCCGCACGCGUGUCAUUAAUCGACGAGUACUCGUCGGUAGUUAAUCCUGUUGUACAGAGUGUGCAAAGAAAGUCAUUUCUACAGCUUGCGAUUCCGACAAACUGAGGCUAGCAUUUACUUAAGCCCAAACGUCAUUUCAACUAGCCCCCAAAAUUUUUUGACGGGCAGAGAUGAUUUCACAGCUCUUCUGUAAGCUGAAUUCCUCAAAAUACUUCACUUGCCCAUCGGACAAGUUAAGAACAGAAUUCACUAGCCCAAAAGCAAAAUCCAUUAGCCCCAGUGGCCUAUCGGACACUACUUUCUUUGCGCGCUGUGUACACAACCAUUUAUCUACCAGCACUGAUUAGCUAUCAAGCUUUUACUUUCUAUAUGAAAUACAUAUGCACAUUUCUUCUGCGGUUUUCAAUUUUUUUAGGACAGAAAAAAGGAAAACUCAACCCCAGAGGCGCAUAGAAAAAGAGCAAACUCUUACGUCAAUUUUGAGGGCAUGCCAAUGCAAGUAAGUGCUAUAGUUAUUGGCCACGAACGAAACAACUGAUAUCAUCCACCGUCUUUAUAUAUGGUAUUAGGUUUCUGGUAAUUUGGUAAAAUGUAAACUUAACAUUGUUAAAAAUAAAGGCCUUUAGAUUCGAGGAGGAGGACUGUCACGAGGACGAGAUUCAACUUAAAGUUUUUUCUUCUCAAAACAUAGACUCCCCGGAAAGCUUCAUUGUACUUAAUUCACCAGAAAAGUAACAGAGCUAUUUUGAUUGAAGGAGUUUAGGGCUUCUUCCGAUGGCAAAUUGAUAAAACUUAUACGAUUUGAUAAUGUGUUCCCGCCACUGCAUUCUCGCUAAAACACGUUGUGAAUGAUGACGGAUAUCAUAUUUUCCCGCCAAAAUGACGCUGGUUCAUGCGCGCGCACUACUAAGUGUUGAGAGAGCUCUUCCCCUUUUUAAAAGAAGUGACGUUUACUUUGCUCCUGUUUACGAUACAGUUCGUUGUCUUCACAGAUCUCACCUCUGCGUGGCACACAUCCGUUAGCAGUGUUUAUAAACCCCAAAAGCGGCGGUAGACAAGGCGCCAGGUAGGUGCAGAAUUUCUGUUUCAUCCGCUGUCCUUUUUUAGAUCCUUCAGGUUGUGUGAUAUUAGUCGUUGGCAGGGUAGUUCGUUUCGCUUUCCCCUUGAUUAUUCACCGAUCAUCUUUAGUCAUCUUUUUUUUAUUUUACCCAGGGAAUUCAUCUAUGCAGGAAAUUGAGAUUAACGGAUUAAAAAAAUGUACACUGGAUUUGUUAUUUAUGUGGUCCAUGCAUCCUCCGGCUUGUUUUGGGCAACACGGAUCAAAAGUCGGGGAGGAAUUCAAUGGCCUUUUGAUUUCACUCAAACAUUUGAAAUCCCUUCAGACAGCAAUGGCAAUGCAAGGAAAAAAUCCAAUGUGCAAUUACUGCAGUUUUCAAUAACAUGCGAACUCUGAAGUUCAAAACCGAACAAACAAUUGGGUUAUUUGCUGCCGUCAAUUAUCUUAGUGGACCUCUCGGAAAUCAAAAGUUUAUUUUAACGAGUUGAAAAGAUCAUGGUUUGUGAUUGGUGGAUUUCGUUCUAUUUUAUGGCAGUUUUGGUGUGCUUGAUGGUUCAUUGCUUGUGACGGUAAUUCUGAUUGAAUGCAGCGAAAAACGCGAUUGGGAAGUUGAAGUUAAACUUCAGUGUUCACGUGUUAGUGAAAAGCGCAGUAAAUAGCAACUUUGUAAAAAAUUUGCUAUUUUCACAUUACCCAUAAUACACCUUGUUUAUAGUUCCCUAUUUUUCCUAAGCCUUGUUUUUGCAUUCUAUUGGGUCGAAUGUAAUACUGAGGAGACAUUGAAAACAAUUCUUAUGCCAACUUUUUUUCUUUGGGGAUGGGCCAGGUGGUAUUCAAGCUGCAUUAUGGGCAAUGCGAAAGUGGCAAAUUGCAGAAAACGUCUUUAAAAUGCCCUUGAUGGUAGUUAUUUAUUUCUGUAUCUCCAGGUUACUGCACAAGUUCCAGUAUUUGCUUAAUCCAAGACAAGUUUUUAAUCUUGGCGAAGGUGGACCUGGUCCUGGGUAUGUAACCUGUUGACACGCUAGAGCGUUUUUUACAUGACGUCUCGUCCGCCAUUUUGGUGUCCCAGACAGUGAAAUGGCGGCCAUGUUGAUGUCCCAAGCCAAUCCUGUAGGAGUGAACCUUUUUCGUGUAUAAAAACAUUCUUUUCCUCCAGAAAAGGAGUGAAAAGGCUCUAUAGAAAGGUUCAGUAGAGAGCUGGAGGUUAUUUUUUUAAGCCAGAGUAAGGAUGUUGACCAAACUCGUUUUUAUAAUGCCAUGCGUUUUUGUGGAUUCAGAGGAAAUCGAGGUCUGUUAAUAUAUAAAGGUAAAAAGAACGAUGCUCAUAUAUCCAGCCAUCUAAAGACUAUUGACCAAAAAAGGAAUAAAGGAUUUAUUACAUAUCCAAAAGCGAGAACAUAGUGGGCUACAGCUGCGUCCCCUCCCCCUUGGGUAACCAGUAGACCUUCUUAGCUUGUAUGUUUUGUUUUUCCAUUUCAGACCAUGUUAUGGUACCGCAGAGAACUGUUUCGUUCAAAUGUCGUGAAAUGUCGUCUUAUCCACGUCCAUGUGUAUAUGUUACUGGUCAUUUUUGAUUUCAGUUUAAUUUUGAUUUAACCUAGGUUGAUUCUCAAUUUCUAAUGUCUCCUAGCCCGGCCUAGAAAACGAGAAAUUAAGAAUCAACCUCGGUUGAAAAACUUUAACCUGAAAUCAAAUUUGACCUGUAACAUAUACAUAGUUUAAGAGAAGAUAAAAGGCAGUCUCUCUUCAGAAUAUCACUUGGAGCAAAUUCACUUGUAGCAUACCCUCUAAAGCCUUAGCAGUCGCAUUUACCUGCUGAAAAAUUCAAGUUCAAAAACUCUGAAAAAUUCCCACGGGCAAAUGAGGUGGCUAUAAACGGAUGUUGCAAACCUUUUCAACCUUGGUCUGAAUUGGGAAAACAAAACAUACAAGCUUUAAAGGUCUAUCGGAACACAAGAUUUCCUUCAUUUUGUCACUCUCCUCCUUGGUACAUUUGACAGGAAGAUGGCCCUCCGUAAAAAUAAGCAUUUGAUCACGAUAUCUUACGGGAAAAUAGGGUCUGUAAACAGUCUGAUCAAGAAUUAAAGUGCAGUUUGCAACGGGAUAAAUGUAAAGUUACUGCUAGUGCUUUACUGCGUUGGCUUUUGUUGAGGCGUCCCAUUACGUGCUUUUUUUACAGACUAAAGUUCUUCCAAGGCGUGUCUGAUUUUCGUGUUCUUUGUUGCGGCGGGGAUGGUACAGCAGGCUGGGUACUAGCGACAAUCGGUGAGUAAACCCUGAAAGUUGUUACUGUGUACUUUUGGUUGACUUCAGUAAAAGUCCUCAUAGUUAUAAGCGACUAUCUCGCAAAAAAAAAAUGCACUUUAUUUGAGUGUCAAUGUAUUUAGCACGAAAGUGCUAUUUGGGGACACGUGCUCGUCCCAGCCACGUGUUCAUUUCUCAGUCAUUUUAAGACCCUGAGUGUUGGUACGGUCCCGGAAAUCAAACCCGCGACCUCCCGCUCACCAGUCAAGCGCUCUACCGACUGAGCUAAUCCUGCUACAAAUUCAUGAAGGCAGUCGCAACUCGAGCUGGUCGGUCACAAGGGCGACUUACUUAGGUCGCUUACUGAAGCUUUUAGCGAAACGUCGUCUGUCUAAAAAACCUGAGGCCGAUGGUGCGCUAUUUCCCCCCCCCCCCCCAACCUCUCCCCCCCCUUCUAGGUUAGUCAGCUGAGGAGAGCUUCGACUGUACUGACGAUUUGGGUUAACUUUGCUUGCUUGAUCCACAGUAUCCAUAAAAUUAUACUGAACUUUUAUAUGUUUUUUUUCGAUUAAUAGAUAAAUUACAGAUAAAGAAACCACCCCCUGUAGCCAUUUUACCUCUUGGUAAGUAAAGCAUUUUUUCAUUUUACCUACUCACAAGAAAAUGAUGAUAGGAACACUUUCCAAUCAAUUUAUAGCAUGUUAUUAUAGGGUAGAGUAAAUUUAAUACUGUUUUUGAUCAACAGGCACAGGAAAUGAUCUGGCAAGAUGUUUAAAGUGGGGAGGAGGUAAGCAAUAAACUCAGUAACAGCAGCUUGUAGGUCUUGAGUCUAACUUGUGUUUUGUUAGGCAUUCGAAGGGUUGUUUAUUGAGAAGAGGUCAAUGAAUUAAGAAGUUUCAGCCAUUACAGUAAUAGAGCGAGUUAACCUGUCUUGAUCUUACUUUAGAGCUCAUAAUAAAAACGCCUUGAGUUAACUGUCCCAUAUUAUGUUUUUUCUUUCAGGUUACGAAGGCGGCAGUAUAUCUAAAGUGCUAAGUCUCGUUCAAAAGAGUUCGGUCGUAAGCCUGGACAGGUACUUGUUGUUCCGUCUUUUGAUAGGCUAACUACCCACUAAUACACCCCGGUUCUCGAAAUAUGGUUUAGUUUAACCCAGGAUUAAGCCAAAUUUUAAGUAAGAUUUUCUUGUCUAAGAGCGUGCAACUCUAGCUUACAAAAUACUGUUCAGCCCUUACUCCGAGAUACAGUAAUGAUAACACAAAAUGCUACUCCAAGCAAUGCAUAGAAAUGUAAAAUACAAGAACGGGGCAAAAUUUUAAUCCUGGUUACUCCAAUACCGCCACGCCUAAACCCCUUUCCGCCUCCCUUUCACGCACACACAAUUUUUGUUUUAUCAUUCGAUCACCGAGUUUGUUUUUUAAGGAAUAUCUUCGGGAAGCGAAGCGAUCUGCCAUUUUCACGCAAGAGCGAUCGCAAGAAGGUGAAAAGUGUGGUUUCAUUUACGCGUAAGCAGAAUAGUAUUUGCAGGCAAAAGGAGUUGAACGACAUUGCGCAUGAUCACACCAUUAUUUGUAGGCAGUUAUUUGCAGGUCACGUGGUGGGCUCUCGGCCAAUGAAAAGGAAGAAUCAUUUGCAUCGAAUGAUAAAGAAUAUUGAUAGAUGAUACCACCUAAUAACUAACAGGACCAUAUACAGUUGUUUGCUAAGCAGCCUAGCCUUUGGGUGAAAGAGAGGCUGACCGUGAAUUUUUUCUCACAAAAACAGUGCCAUUCAAAAGCAGUAUGGUGUCCGUCAAAAGAGUCACUUCUAGCCUCGCUUACUCUCAAGGCUAGGAUACUCAGACUACACAACAGUAAAGUGGUCUAUUUUAAUGAUUAAGCACUUGUCUUGCAAAAUCAAAUAAGUUGUUUUAAUUUCAGGUGGUCAGUUUCGUUCAAACGAACUAACUCAGAAGACAUUGGAGACCCACCUCCUCUGGAUAUCAUCAAUAAUUACUUCUCCAUUGGAGUGGUAUGUUUAAUUCAUUAUUAAAAUAACCCUUACUUUAGUCUACGAGCAGCGAGCUUCGCUCCUGUUUGGUUCCCCCAAUCGCGAAUUUUGAUCGGAUGAACCUUGUGAAAUCGUUCGAUCGAUAUUUGAUCGAGCAGUCAUCGAUGAAGCCCCCUUCCCAGGCUUAUUUAUUUCUAGCACGUUAGUGGGAGGGGGGGGGGGGCUUGAUAGAGAAGAGGGCUUUUUUAAUGUUGUGAAGAUGAUGGUACCAAUUCUCCAUAAAGUACUAGAAUGCAAAGUGGAAAAAGCCCUAUGAAAAGUUGGACGUCAUAAGAAAAAAAUCCGAACUUCCAGGACGUAAAUAAACCAUACCAGAUCAUUCCCGGAGAAGUGUUACAGCGGUGAUAAAUUAAUACAGUCGAUCAUUUAAGAGGGGCAUAAAAGAUAGGGAGAAGAGGAAUUAAUAACUUUCGUCUCCUGAAAUAAUGGAGGGGGAGGGGGAGGAGAGGGGCUUAUUAUAGGAUUUACAGGAUUAUUCAAUUUCCGCUCCGGUACCCUGUGACGUGUUUUUCAAAACUUUCAUGGGGAUUUUUACUUUUCACCUCUCUCACUACAAUUUUCUUCUAAUUCUUAGGAUGCAUCUGUGGCUUUGAAGUUUCAUUUACAAAGAGAAAAGAAUCCAGAAAAGUUUAACAGCAGGUACAUAAACUGCAACAAAGGCCUUUGAUAUUAGGCCCGUAGAUUUGUUUGGUGUGACGUAAAACCUUUGCUUUUUCACAGGUUAAAGAACAAACUUCGUUAUUUUGAGUGUGGGACAUCAGAGACAAUUUCAGCUACAUGCAAGAAUUUACACGAGGAUAUUGAAAUUGUUGUAAGUUUUAUUUCUUUGUUGUUUCUGUUGUCACUUGUUGGAUACGUCAAACAAUGCACUGGAACAUCUUGUCUUCUGAGUAUUUAAAACAGCUUUUAAAAACCGUCCUCACAGCUACCACCUUUUUUCAAUAUUUGUAACAUUAACUAGGGCUGCUCCACGCGAACAACGGAGACGAGGCAAGUUAAUCCGCCAUAUUUGGGUGUAGAAUGCUUGAAUACGCUAGCCUAUCUCAUUACGGGUUCGCGUGGUUUUAACAGAGUUCGCACAGAGUCUUGAAUUCUUGAAAAAAUCUUGAAAUUUGCCCAGCAAUUUUCCAGACCUAGAAAAAGUCUGGAAAAUAGAGGUACAGUCUGGGAGAAUGAUAAAAAGUCUUGAGCGUUUUUUUCCAAAGUUACACAAGUGUUUUAUAAGUGAAAAUUUUUUUUUGUUUUUGUCGUAUUCAAUCUCGCCGAUACGUUUGCAGUGCAUCGUGAAAAAACUUUGUUCCUGUAUUUUUUGAGCGUAAAGUGCGGUAUUUAUCCCCUAUUUGAUAACCUCGAGUCUGGAAAAAGAAAUGAUUGUUUUGGAAAGUCUGGAAAAAGUCUGGAAUGUUGGAUCCAAAAAUCUGUACAAACCCUGUUUUAAGAAGUUAAAAUUGGGCGUGCGUAACGUCGCUGACUUUCAAAGUUUUGUUGAGGUUUCUGGGUAUCUGACCAGCUACCCCUCCCCUAAGUCACAAUGUUGCCCGAAGUGAGAAGUAAGUGUUAAGUUGACUUAGGGAAGGGUUAGGUGCUCGGUUACCCAGAAAUCUUAAUUUAUUCCAAACGUUUAGCGUGGGAACUGUGGAUCUUGAAACCUCAAGCUUACUUAUUUUCACCCAUUCUUUAGUGCGAUGGUACACCGUUAGAGCUGCCUCAGCUUGAAGGAAUCGCUGUGAUAAAUAUUCCCAGUGUGUAUGGAGGAGCAAACCUGUGGGGUGAAACAGAUAAGAAGAAAGUUAGAAAGUCACGUGCCAGAGCAAGUGGCAGAUCUAAUGACUUAGAGUGGGCAGUACAAGGUAUGUGGUGUAUAGGAAGUGGUCGUUUGACUGACACGUAUGGUCCACCCUUCCCCGCUCAAUCAGAUGAAAGACAAUUCCAGUAGCAAGUCGAUUUCCAAGGCGAAGAAUUUUUAAACCCAAUUUCACACUCCAGUGGCCAGAUAAGAUAGAAAAUAUUUUCCGUCAAAAUUCACUAAAAAAAGAAACUCGCCAAGUUUUUUCCCACAGAACAACAACUCGGGCUGUGUAACACUGCGUGACUUUCGUUUUUGCAGAAAUCACCUGGUAUUCCGUACUUUUGUGAUUAUUUUUUAAAUUUCGAUACUCUGAAAUGCGUUCCUUUUGUGACGUACGUGAAUGCUAACUGUUAAAAUUUAUUUUCCCUUUGUGGAAUUUAUUAAAAUGUAUGAUUGUCACAAAAAUGUUUGUUUGUGAAUCUUCGCCUGUUUUAUUUCUAUGUAGCAGAAAGUUAACGCUGAAUUGUUUUGUUCAGUGUGCUAUGUUGUUUGGUCUUAGAUUUUAAUGACAGAUAGCUCAUUUGAGAGAGUGGUGUCUUCCCAACCUCUCUGCGUCUCUAAUUGUUGUUAUUGCAUGUUAAGACAUAGGAGAUGGACAGCUUGAGGUGGUAGGACUUAAAAAUUCUUUAGAUGUGGGACAAAUCAUCGCUGGUGUCAGAGCACAUGGUCUCAGAUUGGCUCAGUGCUCCUCUAUCACAAUAAGGUAAACAAGUGCAAGUGAGAUUUCUAUGGACAGUUUCAACUGUGUUAAUAAUACACACCCAUAAUAAACACCCAUUAUGUACAACAUUAUGUGCAUCCGUCGUCGGUAGCAAAUUUAGUUUCAAGGACUUAAAGGCUGACUUCAUGAACCGAGCUGACUCGCUAUGCCAAGAUCGCAGCAAGUUAUUUGAAUGCAACUAUAAUCACCUUCGUGACAGUCGUGAAAUUACGUGACAGUCGAGCCAGCCUGCUUAGUUCAGCUUCCGGUGGUGAGAUUGCAUCAUUCAAACAUGGAUAAAAGUCAUCUCCGUUAUGCGAGCCAUCCCGGCUCUUGUGAUCAGCACUUUUGUUAGUACCAAACACUCUGGUGGGGAACAAAAGAUCACCUAAAACACUAUACACCUUUCCUCUACAUCUGCCGCCGCUGAACGUUUCUUCUUCCAGCUUAUUGAGGGACUUGAAAGUGUAUUGAUUUCUAGAUAUGUCUUGUAGGAGACUAGUCUGCUACACAGCCGUUUUCAUUGUCGUCACGCAACGCUUCUUUGUGGGAAAGAACGUUGUGUGACGACACUAAAAACGGCUGUGUAGCAGAUUAGUAGGGGAUGGGUGAGGACAGGUUUAAGUUUGUGUUAGGUGUUGACCUUAUUCUGGAAAACGAAUACAAAACAACCCAGAAUUUUCGUUCGCUUGACCUGCUAUUCCUAUUCUGGAAUAAGUGGAUUAAAAAGGAAUGAUGGCGUCAGGGUUCCUCUGCAAUAUACUCCUUUUCACCAGGAACUCUAUUUGUGUUGUCGAAUGUGAUGCAUCGUACAGUCAGUUUUGUUGUAGAUAUAUCAUCUGAGUUUCUUUGUCUCUCUUCAGGUCCAGGAAACUAUUUCCAAUGCAGAUUGAUGGAGAACCGUGGAUGCAGCCUCCUGCAGAGGUACGACAAGAACAUUUCACUGUUAACUCCAUCUGGUCUAUCUUACCUUUUAAA